AUUAGUCAUUUAGCUAGAGAGAGCCCAUCUCAACGUCUAGUCGCUUGAAAGCUCACUGUUCAGUUAAAUGAAACCAAAAAGUACCGUAACAAAUUAACAACCAGAACGGAGCACGACUUCCGCCAAAACCGAAUGCCACCACCAUCAUCCGCCGCCACGCGUUCCGACCAUGAUGACGACGAUCAUGCUCCCUCGUCCUCCGAUCCACCUGUCAAAAUCUCUGAUUCCAAGCUCGAUAACGACAAACAACACGAGGUCGAAGUUGAAGAAGUAGAGGAACAAGAAGAAGACGUUAAUGAUAAUGACGAUGGCAGCGAAGAAGAAGAAGCAGAAGAAGAAGAGUACGAAGAGAUUGAAGUAGAAGAAGAAGAAGAAAUAGAAGAAGAAAUAGAAGUAGAAGAAGAAGAAGAAGAAGAAGAGGAGGAGGAGGAGGAGGAGGAGGAGGAGGAAGAAGAAGAAGAAGAAGAAGAAGAAGAAGAAAGUGCUUUAGAUUCAUCAAAGGAACCUAAUGAGAAACGCAACGGUCAGUUUAUAUCUACAAUUGAUUUGUUCUUCUUCCAUGUAGAUGUUAGUCAAGACAUGGAGUUUCAGGGGAAUGACAGGCAGCAAAUUCAGUCAUGCUCUCCUCUGGGAAAAUCUGACCUGGGGAUACAAUCGAAUUCCCUUGUAGAAGAUAGUUUCUGUAAUUUGAAAUUUUCUGGUUCUUCAAAUGAACAACUGACACUGCGGGAGGAAUCGCAUGUGAACGAUGAGGACUCCAAGUGUCUCAAGUCAAGAGAGCAUUUGAUUGCUGCUGGGGCGAAUGGAAGUCAAGAAUCUGUAGUGAAGGAUGACGCUCAUGCCCUUAUGAUAAAGAAAAACGCUAAAGUAAUGAGCGAACCCCAUAGUGAUGGCAAAGCUCACUUAUGUAAUAGUGAAGAUAUGGCUGCUGAGACCACCAGUUCAUCUAGUAUCGUAGGACAUGUUUCUAAUGCCUUCGCAACAAAAGACUGCUCAGAUAUGAACGCUAAUGGUAUUCUGGAUUCUAAGGUCAAGCCAAUGGAAAUAUCAUCAGAAGAUGGUAAAGAGCGAACAACAACAAGACUGGUUAAUUCAGAUAUUAGGACUCGGAGUUUAUCCUUUUCUGCUGAGUUCAAGGACCAGAACAAACGCCCAGCAGUUAUAUGCGACUUUUUUGCUAAAGGGUGGUGCAUUAGAGGGAGUUCAUGUAGGUUUCUUCAUAUAAAGAGUGAAGCGGAUAAUGCUAAAAAACAGCUGGAGGAAGAUGCAACUGCUGCAAUUUUCUCAAAAGGAGACCAGUUCAACGAAGGUUUGAGAAACAUCAUGGAAAAAUCAAAGUUGCCUGAUUUUCCUGACCUAAAGGCAACUCCAAAUGGAAAUUGUGCUGCUAUUUCUUGUCAUUUCUCUUCAGAAAGAAUCUUGGCUCUUGAAAAUGGAGAAAACCGAAUGUUGCAUCAGUUGGAAGAUGAACAUAAGUUUUCGUCACUUAAGAGAAAGGAAUUAUCUCAUGAUGUCAAUCCUGACACCCAGCAAUUUCCUUCAUCAAAAGAUGAUCUUGGGAUUUCUUCCUCCUUAAAGGAUGUAGGAACAGAGAAUUUUAGACAUAAUUGUACCACUACUGAUUAUGGAAGCUAUACCUCUCUAACUAAUAAGUACAACUCUCCUUCAUUCCAGAACAACUUCCCACCUGAAAAUAGAGCUUCUUCAAGUGGCUCAGCUGUAACAUCAAUCAAUUACCGUGGUGUGAAUCCUUCUUCUUAUUUGAGCAGUUUGGACAAUCUAAGAUACAUUAGAGACAAGUAUGUGAAUGGUUCAAGCUUUGAUGGUUCAUUUUCAAGUAGUGGCAUGUUCCCAUCUCACCUGAUCUCAGCUUGGACAGGACCUUCAUUCUCUUUUAGUUCCUCUUUGAAUACAAGCCCUCUUGGUUCUCAAAAGCUGUUGGACAGUGAUAGAGACUUCCGUGCUUCUCGAUCAUCUUCAUUACUGCACAGUGCUUCACCUCUUUCUGGUCCUGAGCGAGAAAAUUUACCUAUGAACAUUGCAUCUAGGGAUCCUUUGAACUUUGCAGAACACAAAGCAAAAGUAUCCUCAAAUGAUUGGGAGCCAUCCGUACCUUUUCGACCAUCUUUUUUUAUCACUCAUACUAUAUCAUCAUCUCCUGGAAGCCAAUAUGACCCUCUUCAUGAUAGCAUUGACUUGCCCACUGCAGGAUACAAAAUACCCUUUAAAUUUUCUUUUGUUAGUCACAGGAUGCCCAGCCUCGAUACACUACAUCAACCGGCACAUGGGAACUCCUCAGUAAGUCGUUCCCUUGGCCCAGAACAUAAUGCUGACAAAAGUACAUUAUCUUUUCAUAGUAGAUUCCAUGAAAAUGUGUCAGCCAAGAAUUGCUAUACAACUGGAACAGAUAUGCUUGCUACCGGAACUGUGGUAGGGGAGACUUGUGUGGUCGAUGCGCAAAAAGGGACCACACCCAACGAAGAAAAUGCUUCAAGCACUGGCGAACGCAGAGAUAUUCCAGAUAUGAGCAAAGUUGAUGCUGAUCAUGAUUCCAGCCCCAGGCACCAAAAUGAUGGGCCAAGACACAAAAAGGACUCAAAGGUAGAUAAGGUUAAGCAAAAACGUGAAAUGGUUGUUGACCAAAAGAUAGAGGGAGAAUCAAGAGCUGUAAGACAUUUCCGUGCUGCUCUUGUUGAUUUUGUUAAAGAAUUGUUGAAACCGACCUGGCGUGAGGGUCAUCUCAGCAAGGAUGCACAUAACACAAUAGUUAAAAAGGCUGUUGAGAAGGUUCUUAGCACCUUGCAGCUCCAUCAAAUUCCAACUACGAUGGAAUCAAUUAAGCAAUAUCUUUCUUCAUCCCAGCCUAAGAUUGCAAAGCUUGUUGAGGGAUAUUGUACAAAGUAUGGGAAAUCUUGACAUGCCAAGCCAAUCUUUUUCCUUUUUCUUUUGUACAGUUUACCUUACAUUUUAGUAAUUCAAAAUUGCAACAGUAUAUUUUAAGGCUUAUUUAACAUAGUUAAAACUGGAGAUUCCAGUGGAAUGCUGUGAAUUCUGUUCAGAUGUUUUUUCUAUGAAUGAUUUUUGUUUCCUCCUGGCUGAUCUUUUUGGAAUAAAACAUAGAAGUUGUCUGCGUUUA